AGGGUUUAUGUGGGGGGACUGUUUCUUUUGCUAAUUCCUCCAUGAUCUCCAUGCUGACAAGAGGAGGGGAAAGGGGCGUCGCCAAGGCUCACUGCUUAAUUACCUCAAGCAAAAAUAAGUGUCUCACUUGUCAGGGCAGGAGGACAGAGGUAGGUCGAAUCUCUGAGAGAAGACAAACAGACUGUAAGUGAGGAACAAGCUCAAGCUCUCUGUUUCUGACUCAUCAUCACUUGAUAAAGGUGGAAAAUCUGCUGCAGAUGAAGACAGAGAAGGAAAGCUUUGGCUGUUUGUUGGACACGUGGACUGGACUGAUAAGACAAAUCUUGCUCUGCAGAGACAUCAUCUUUAUGGUCUUUACAGACAAUGGAUUCUGACCGCAGGAAAAGGAAAUAAUAUGAAGAAGUUCCUCUGACAAAAUAAUGGACAAACACUGAUGAAAUGUGGAAUGACUGACUAGUGAGGACCUGGAGUUAAAGUUACCAGAAAGACGGAGAGUGUAGGGACACAGAGACAAGUGGAGAAAUCACCUUGGGUUGGGUGCAGCAGGACUGGGCUAUGAUUCUCCCUGUGGUGCUUCUGCUGGUGCUCCUGUUGCUCUCUGGAACCACAUCCUCUCUCCAGGGAGACACUCAGGAAAUGGGCAACAGCGAUGACAUCCUGGAGAGAGAAUUUUUCUAUCUACCAAAACGUCAGAAACGUUCCAUGGUUGACCACAGUGCUUCCCAAACAGAGAAAUGUUCUUACACCUUUGUUGUUCCUCAGCAGAAAAACACUGGGUCUAUCUGUGUGAACUCCCAGGAGCCUGAGGCCCUGCUGGGGAACCGGGUCAAUAAGCAGGAGCUGGAGCUGCUCCACAGUGAGUUGAAGAAGCAGCAGCGGCAGAUUGAGUCACUACAGCAGUUGGUAGCUGUAGAUGGAGGGGUGGUCAAUGAAGUCAAGCUUCUGCGCAAAGAGAGUCGCAACAUGAACUCCAGAGUGACACAGCUCUACAUGCAGCUGCUGCAUGAGAUUAUCCGCAAACGAGACAAUGCUCUAGAGGUGUCACAGCUGGAGAUCAACGUGCUCAACCAAACACAUGAGAUAGGGAGGCUGACGUCACGCUACCGCGACUUGGAACAUAAGUACCAGCAUCUGUCAGCAUUUGCAAGUAACCAGAGUGUUCUCCUGGUGCAGCUGGAGGAGCACUGUAAGCGGGGAGGACACUCGUACGGUGUGGUGCAGGACAGGAGCCAGCCAGCCCGCCCACAGCCUCCCAUGAUCCCCCGCCCUCCUAUGAUCCCUCAGCCUCAUCUACAGAUGCCUGCACUUUCUCCUGGAGGCUACAGGCCCUUCCACCCACCCACCUACACACGCCACAUCACCAGAACCAUGACUAAUGACAUACAGAGUGACCAGAAUUCCAAAGCAUUCCCUCCCCCGCUGCCCACAAUGCCAAGUGCUACACACAGCUUCACAGGCGAGCCGUCUGGUCCUUUCAAAGACUGUCUAGAGGCUCUGGAGAGCAGUUACACCACCAGUGGUAUGUAUCUCCUGAAGCCAGACAACAGCAACCGACUCAUGCAGGUUUGGUGUGACCACAGACACGACCCUGGUGGCUGGACUGUCAUUCAGAGACGUCAGGAUGGCUCCGUAAAUUUCUUCAGAAACUGGGAGACGUACAAGCAAGGGUUUGGAAACAUUGAUGGUGAAUACUGGUUAGGCCUUGAAAACAUCUACUGGCUGACCAACCAGGGCACCUACAAGCUACUAGUAACUCUGGAAGACUGGACCGGACGCAAGACCUUUGCAGAGUAUGGCAGCUUCCGUGUCGAGUCUGAGGCAGAAUCUUACCGGCUGCGAUUGGGCCGAUACCAUGGCAACGCUGGAGACUCCCUUACCUGGCACAAUGGCAAGCAGUUUACCACACUGGACAGAGACCAUGAUGUCUACGCAGGUAACUGUGCGCAUUACCAGAAGGGAGGAUGGUGGUAUAAUUCUUGUGCUCAUUCCAACCUGAACGGUGUGUGGUACCGUGGUGGGCACUACCGCAGCCGUUAUCAGGACGGGGUUUACUGGGCCGAGUUCAAAGGAGGAGCUUAUUCUCUGAAGAAAGUGUCCAUGAUGAUACGACCCAGUGCAAACACCUUCCACUAACACCUCAUUCAGAACUAAACAGAUAUUACUGGACAAACAUUUUCUUCAUGGGAUUUCCAUUUCUUUAUCAGAAAAAGCAGGAAACCUGCUUCAUUUUUUUAUAUUGGUUUCUUUGUGUAUAUAUAUGCUCAUGCCAUGAUGCGAUAGGACCCAUGCAGCAUUUUGUUGUUUAUUCAUCCAAUAGGUAUAGAUUUUGCUACUCUUUUUUUGGCUCAUGAUGUAACAUUUCACACAAAUCAACAAAGGCACACACAAACAUACAUUAAGUGGCUGUAAUAUUUGAUAUGUUCUGCUCGUUUUGGGCUUUAUGUGAUUUGCUGAAAUGCACAUCAAUAAAUACAAUAUAAAAUUGAAAAUAGGAUGUCUUGAUCUGUCACAUGCAAAAUGAAAUCCACAUUGCAUUAAUCAUAUAUUGAUGGAAAUUAGUGACAAUCAAAACUGACAGCUGGCGAUAAACUGGUAUUACAGACUGUUACUGGUGUUUGUAUAACACAUAUUCUGUAUAUUUGUACAACCCAAAUAUGCCGAAAAAGUUUAAAAACUGUGUAAAACGGUACAAUAUAAACAGAAAGCAAUGGUUGGCAAUUGUUUUUAAAACCUGCAUUUGAGCUGAUUACAGUACAAUGACAAUGUAAUUGUAGUGAUGCAUUUUAUUGAUUUUUUGCAAAUAUUCUGAUAUUGAUGCCUUUACCACAUUCCAAAAAAGUUGGGACAGGAACAACAAGAGACUGUGAAAGUUAUGGAAUACUCAAGAACACCCACAGCAUUCCACAUGUAAACAUGUUUACUGCUAAUAACUGUUAUGAUUGGGUAUAAAGGGUCCUCUUCAAAAGGGUCAGUUGUUCAUAGCAAGGAUGGUCACUUUGUGAAAGCCUGCUUUGGAAAACAGUCCAACAGUUUGAGAACAACCUCUCUAAAUGAAUAAGCGCAAAGAAUUUAAAGAUUACACCAUCUGCAACCCAUAAUACAAUCAAAAGAUUCAGAAAAUCUGGAGAACUGUUUGCAUGUAAGGAGCAAGGUUGACGACCGACACUGAUUGCCUGUGACCUUUGAUCCCUCAAACUGGUGUACGCUUAAAACCAACAUGAUUGUAUAAAGGAUUUUACUACAUGGGCUCAGGAACACUUUGGAAAACCACUGACAGUAAACACAGUUCAGCUCUGUACUUUUUGAACUAUUCUAUAAAGUUACCUGCACCAAGGUAACACGAUCCACCAUAUCUAUUUAAUAUGGAUAGUGUGAAAUAGAUUGUAGCCUUUAAAUGCAAACAAGAUUCACAAAACAAUUCGCAGAAGGAAUUCAAGGCAGGUUUUCCCAGUCAAAGCAGUUUCAGUAUACUUUAACAGAAACCUAACAGUUCAGUGUGAACGACUCCGUUCGUCCCUCCACCACUUCCUGGUCUAUUGCAAAGAUCAGUUACUGUAUUAGCGUGUAGAUGCUACCAUGUAUUCUAUGUAUAUAUAUGCUGUUUCAUUAAGAUUAUUUUUUAAAGUCUGUAUGUUAUCACUCUUGCAAUAAAGUAUGUUUGACUCUG